UUGGGGAGCGUGGGAAGGAGGUAGGAGCGGGGCUGCGCGCUGCUCUGAGGGAAGGGAGUGCCUUUCCGCGGGAGGACUCCCACCUCCUCCAUCCGCACCGGCGCAGCGCCCGGGUCGGGCGCGCUCACCCCCGCCCGCAGGCAUCGCCGGCCCGCCGUGUCAGCGAGCCUCGGUACCGGGCGCCAUUUUCUCUUCUUUCGCGGUACUCUCCGGAGCCUGCCGAGAGGCCGCUGCUGAUGUGUUCUGUCUCCUGCAAGCAGGUUUGGCAGGGCACAGCAUGAUUGAAGAAGACUGGAAUGUGGAGAUAGGGGAUGAGGCGUUACUCCCAUCCCUUGAGAAGGUUAGCUUGCUUGAAAGACCAAAUGACCCCUCAUCUGUGUUCAGUCCAAGUGUAGACUCAUUUGGCGCUGAUGGAUUUGUGAACACACAGCAUCAGUCAGUGAAUAGUUUUGGUAGAGGAAGGAAUUUUGCAGGUUUUCAAGAAGGAAAUGGAGAAGAUGCCAUUACACAAAGCAGAGGGCUUAAAGGAUUUCGUGGUGGCUUUGGACAAGGUACUAGAAAUGGACAAAGGGGAAUGCCUCAGUCUGGAACUCUCAACUUUAGAGAAAGAGGAACUCUCGCAGAUGGUGCAGGUUUUCAAGAAGGAAACGGAGAAGAUGCCAUUACACAAAGCAGAGGGUUUAAAGGAUUUUGUGCUGGCUUUGGACGAGGUUUUCAAGAACAAAACACUGUAGAUGGUGCCAGUGCACAAAGCAGAGGGCUUAAAGGAUUUCGUGGUGGCUUUGGACAAGGUAUGAGAGGUCAGCAGAGGGACUUACCUCAGUCUGGAACUCCUGGUUCUAAAGAAAGAGGAGCUCUCACAGAUGGUGCAGGUCCAAAGGUGACUUACGUGCCCCCUCCUCCACCUGAUGAUGAACAAGCCAUCUUUGCACGUUACCAGACAGGAAUGAAUUUUGACAAGUAUGAUGAAAACAUUGUUGAAGUGUCAGGACUGGACCCUCCAGCAGCAUUAAUGAGUUUUGCGGACACUAACAUGUGUCGUACUUUAACUGUGAACAUUGCUAAAGCUGGAUACUCUAAACCUACUCCAGUGCAGAAGUACAGCAUUCCUAUUAUACUGGCAGGACGGGAUUUAAUGGCAUGUGCCCAGACAGGAUCGGGAAAAACUGCAGCCUUUCUUGUACCUGUUGUGGCCCAAAUGAUGAGGGAUGGUGUAACUGCCAGCAGCUUUAAAGAGCAGCAAGAACCGGAAUGUAUUAUUAUUGCCCCAACUAGAGAACUGGUAAAUCAGAUCUUCCUAGAAGCAAGAAAAUUUGUGUAUGGAACUUAUAUAAGGCCUGUUGUGAUCUAUGGAGGUACACAAACAGACUAUUCGAUUCGUCAAGUAAAGCAAGGCUGUAACAUACUGUGUGCCACUCCAGGAAGGCUUCUAGACAUCAUUGGAAGAGGAAAGAUUGGUUUGCAUAGUGUGAAAUACUUGGUGCUAGAUGAAGCAGACCGCAUGCUGGAUAUGGGUUUUGGUGCAGAUAUGAAGAGGUUGGUCUCUUUCCCAGACAUGCCACCAAAAGACAAGCGCCAAACACUAAUGUUUAGUGCCACUUUUCCUGAAGAAGUUCAGAGGCUAGCUGGUGAAUUUUUGAAAACCGAUUUUUUAUUUGUUGUUGUCGGACAUGUGGGUGGAGCAUGCAGUGAUGUUCAGCAAAAUAUUCUUCAAGUUUCUCAGUGUUUCAAGAGGGAUAAACUGAUAGAAAUUCUGCACAGCAUAGGUAAUGAACGAACCCUGGUCUUUGUGGACACAAAGAAAAAGGCAGACUUCAUUGCAUGCUUUCUUUGUCAAGAAAACAUACCAGCCACUAGUAUCCAUGGAGAUAGAGAACAGAGAGAGAGAGAAAUAGCUCUUCGGGAUUUUCGUUCUGGAAAAUGUCCAGUUCUUGUGGCAACCUCGGUGGCAGCAAGAGGUCUGGACAUUGAAAGCGUUCAGCAUGUUAUUAAUUUUGAUCUUCCUUCCACCAUUGAAGAGUAUGUACACCGAAUUGGGCGAACUGGUCGUUGUGGAAAUACAGGGAAAGCUGUUGGCUUCUUUGAUAACAAUUCAGAUGGUCAUCUUGCACAACCUCUAAUUAAAGUGCUUUCAGAUGCUCAGCAGGAAGUGCCUGUUUGGCUGACAGAAGUUGCUUUUGAUGCUGAAGGACGACUCCCAGUUAAUACCCAAAAGAAUUACAGAGGCAGAAGCAACAUGAAUGCAGGAGAAGUAAAGAUGGAGUGUUCUGCGAGAGAAAUUGAGUCAUGGGAUUAAACUAUACCAGACUAGUUUAUACUCU